UUGUUAGUUCGAAUCGCGUCCUCCCACGAAGCGAUCGACAUGUCGAAAGUUGCAGUUGUGACCGGCUCCAAUAGGGGCAUCGGCUUCGCCAUUGUGAAAGGGUUAUGCAAACGAUUCGACGGAAUCGUGUACCUCACAUCCAGAGAUGAAAAUAGAGGCCGAAAAGCUGUUGAAGAGUUGAAUAAAUUAGGCCUGAAACCGCACUACCACCAGCUCGACGUAUCCGAUAGAAAUAGCAUCAUUAAGUUCAGAGAUCACAUCAAGGAAAAACACGGACAUCUCGAUAUACUCGUUAACAAUGCUGCUAUUGUGGACAGUCUGACAGAAAUUGAUCAUAUCGAAGUUUUAAAAAAAGUCAUCGAUAUCAAUUACAGAAGCGUCUUGACUAUGCAAGAACUGAUUUAUCCAUUGGUGAGAGAUAAUGGAAGGAUCCUCAAUAUAUCCGCCGACUGUGGACACUUAUCCAACAUUAGGAAUAAGUACUGGAUAGAGCGGCUGUCAAAUAAAAAUUUAUCUGUACAAGAUGUGAACGAAUUCGUCGAUUGGUUCCUCCAGUCCGUGCAGAACGGGACACUCAAGACAGAAGACAUAGCUGACAACGCGACAGUGCCCGGGUACCGUGUGGCUAAGGUAGCCCUGUGCGCGGUGACGGUGGUCCAGCAGCGCGAGCUGGCGAGCCGGCGCAUCUCUGUCAACUCGAUGCACCCCGGCCUCGUGCGCACCGAAAUGACGAACGGUAUCGGCUUCUUAAGCACGGACGAGUCGGCCGAAACCCCCCUCUAUAUACUCCUAGACGCCCCGGAUUCACUCCAGGGCGCUUUCAUUUGGUACGACAAACGUGUAAUCGACUGGUACGACUACAAUGCAGACUAUUAUUUCAAAAUGUCCACAUUGACCGAGUAAUACAUAAUAUUAUGUAGGUAAUGGACGAGAAAUAUCAA